AUCCUGUUUAGCCCAUGUCAGGGCGUCUGUCAUUUUUCUUUGUUGCACAGCACAGUAGCUUUCUCUUUUAGAGUUUGUUACAAUUCAGGAGCACAAAGCAUGCGGGGGAGGAUUCCCUCUUCAGGCAAAAAAUCAAUACAGCAAACCAUUUUCUCUCUUUCCCCGUCUCUUUCUCCUUCAUGCAAAAAAUCAAUACAACAAACUAUUUUCUCUCUUUCCCUAUCUCUCUCUCUCCUUCUCUUACAUUCUGCAGGCACUCACCCUCAUAGUGAGCUUAUUCCUUCUUUACUGAUCAGGCGUAUAACACUCUGUUUGCGAUGGUUUCCCUAUCAUCGUGGGCCCGGUACAUAUCCCUCAAGCUUGAGUAUUCCGCCUCUCUCAUAGAGAAGAUUUCCUGACCAUAUCUGCAAUAUGAUGCAGCGCUUUGAAAGAGGUCAAGUAACAUCUGGAGAAGCAAUUGAUGCUAUUUUGAAGAAUUUUUUUCUGGGAAAGUUGACAUACUUAUACUGGACUAGGGGAGAAGAAAUGGCUCCGACUAUAGGUGCUCCAAGAGGGACUGUUCUUGUCCGGAAAUUACUAGCUGCAGACCCAAAGCAUGUUUUCACCGGAGAUGUGGUGGUGUUGAGGGACCCCAUGAAAUCGUAUAAAUAUAUAGUCAGAAGAUUGGCUGCCAUUGAAGGGUGUGCAAUGUGCUCUAAGGAUGAAAAAGAGGAGCCCUUUGUUCUUGAAAAGAAUCAGUGCUGGGUGUUGUCCGAUAACGAAAACUUAAAGCCCGAGGAAGCAAGGGACAGCCGGAACUUUGGUCCAGUUCCCAUGACAAACAUCGUUGGCAGAGUAAUCUAUUCUAUGCGAACAGCUGUGGAUCAUGGCCCUGUGCAGAACAGUUCUUCCAGCGUGAGAGAGGAUUUAUUGGUGUUAGAAAUCGAACUAGAUGUGGAGGAGAUGAGAAGAACUCACCACUUCCAGGUCUAAACUGUUACAAUUUGAGUUAUCACUUGGGUUCGUGGGCCUUAUUUUAUUACGAAUGGCAAGGGCAAGCUCGAAGCAAGGGAGCUGAGUUGAAGUCAACUAGUUCAUUUCACUUCGCUUGAAGGACGGGCUCCAGACGGGCCACUAUCUUAGUUUAGGUUUAUCUAGCUUUUUACUUUAAUAGGCCGGCCCAGUAGCCUACCUAGCCCCUUUGUUUAGACAUUAGGACUCUAGCUGUACAAUUUACAUUUCAGUUAUUUGUCGUGUGUUUGUAUUUCGGCCCAUGGCCAUGAAUAUUUGUACCGCUGGGAACCUUUUGUAAGGUUAACUUUUCCUAAUUUCUCUCAA